UAUACAUCGCGUUUGCGUUGUGCGGUAGAGUGUCUUGUGGGCUCGCGGUGUGAUUAAGAAAAAAAAAUCUGUAAGAAAAAAAAUCUGUACGUUCGAACGGAUUUCGAAAUUGGGAGCGCUAGUUUGCAGAUAUGUUUUGUCCGUUUUGCGGGACAGCCCUGGAAAGAAAGCCAUUUUGCUCGGAGUGUGGCAGGUCUUUAGGGUUUUUGCCACAUGAAAACUUGGACCAUUGUGAUUCCAGAAGAAAAGAUGAAGCAGCGGUUACAUGCAGCUUAGGUGAAGGAAGGUCUAGCACUCUAUCGGAAUUUCUUUCAUUCAGAGACCAAAAACAAAAAGAGAGAUGUAAAUGGUCGAAAAAUACGAAAAACCAUGCGGAAAGGUCUGUGCAGGUUAAUGUUGGAAAAAUGACUACCCGUAGUGGCGUACUGAAAAAGGAGAGAGGAAAACAGUUGCCACUGCAUGUUUCGCCAUUGUACUCCAAAAGACAACUUUUACAGGCAGCUGAAAGAAAAUUGAGAACAUUUUUUAAUAUUUCUGAUGAGCCAUACCAACUUUUACAUUAUAAUGGGUCAAUUGUGGAUAAAGUACCUGGAACUGAAAAACCAUUUAUGUUACAAGAUUUUAAGGAUGCAAUUGGAAAACCAUUUAAUAGACUUAGCUUUUUCAUCUGCACUGAGAAAGAAUACAGUGAACUUGAUAAGACUGAAGAUAGUGAUAAUGAAGUUGUAGUUCAGCCAAAACAUUCUGAAGAAGAUUCAUUGAAUGACACACUGCCGUGGUUUCAGAGCUCACCAAACACUACAGCCAUUAAGGCCAGCCAUGUGAAUUCACAGAACCAGAUAGAUUCAUCUGAAAAACAAACGAAGUUUGAUGACGGAGCAGCAGCAGCAAAGGAUGCAAGUGAAGGUGCUUCCAGUAUUGAAAGGGGUCACUGGUACAGAAAUUAUACUGAGGUGUAUGCACCAAUCCUUAUUGAAGAUGAAGAUAGCACAACAGAACAGGAGUCUGUGGAAAUUGUGGAAUGACAUUGUUUCAGUCUCUUCCUGAUGAUGCACAUGUGAGGCUAACUGAGGAGUUUAAUGAGGGAUAACCCCACAGAACUGAACUGCAUGAAGUAGGAUUGAUAAUGUUGGGAGGAAGUUGCCAAUGUGUCCCUUCCUUCACUCCUGACAAAAGCCAUAGUAAAUUUGAACAAACUUCAAUUUACUGGUUAUUUUUAUCAUAAUAUUUAUGAUAUGGUUUUACUGUAUUGUCGUAUAUUGUACUUUGAGUCAACAUCUCUGCAUUUUAUACUUUGUUUAAUGUUUUGUCAUGAUAUGCAUUCAUAUUUUCUCUUGGGGAUUAAUAAAGUAUAUCUAAUCUAAAUGUGUGUGCGCUAUUUUAGUUAAUUGUUUAUUCUUCUAUAUCUGUCAUUCAGUAGGUUAACAGAGCACAAUAUUCCGGUGGAAGAAAUCUUGGCUGAACUUGCCAAACAGAUUCAGUCUAACAAGGUGUCAAGAUUUAAUAUAAAUCGUGGAGAUAUCUGGGAUGGAGCUCUCCAUGGGUUUAGAUGAAGCACUUAUAAUCCCACUUAUACUAUGUUGGUAAAAUUUACUGAUGAUUCUGGCAAUACUGAACAUGCAAUUGAUGCUGGUGGACCAAAAAGAGAGUUUCUUCAGCUCUUAAUUCAGGAUUUACAGUAUCGAAGAAUUUUUGAAGGCAAAGAAAAUGAAAAAUAUUUAAGGUGUGAUAAAGCAGGUAAGUAUACAAGAGUGCAGUUUUAACAUGAACAGUGUUUUUUUUUGGCUUUGCCCAAAUUUGCAUAAGCAAGACAUUAAGAAAACUAGAACCUACAUAAAUAAAAAGUGUGACGUUUCCAGACCUUUUCCUUGUACUUCUGUUUUGUUUUUUAGACAGGGUUUAACACUUUAUCUAAUUUGUAUCUUAUAGAAAUUAAACUGG